AUGCCCAAAACCUUAGAGAGCGACACCAAUGAGCUCUCCAUCCUAAAACAAUCAAUCGAUCCAAGCACCAUCCGUCCAUCCUCAUUCCUCUCCACAUGGAACUUCAAACACGACCCCUGUGAGAACAUGGAAGGCUUCUUCCAAGGCAUCCUGUGUCGAAUUUCCGACGAUAAUUCACGGAGUCGCGUCACCGCUUUGAAUCUCGACCCCGCCGGAUACGAUGGUUUGCUGCCGCCGUCCAUCGGAAACCUGACCGACCUCGUCGUGUUGAGCUUAAGCAACAACAACUUACGGGGGCCGAUCCCGGACAGCAUCGUGCAGCUUAGGAAACUCAACGUGCUCGCGCUCUCGGCAAACUUCUUCACCGGCGAGCUUCCCGGAGGGAUCCUAAAUCUGCACAAUCUUGAAUCGCUUGAUGUCUCGAACAACGUCCUUGUGGGCACCAUCCCGGCGGGCCUGGCCGGGCUCAGGCGCCUAUCCCGCUUGGGCCUGUCGAAGAACAAGUUUCACGGCGAAAUUCCAAACCUAUCAGGCCUAUGGCAGUUGUCGUCCUUAGACCUCAGCCAAAACCAGUUUCGCGGCAGCGUGCCGCAGCUACCGGCGAAUCUGCGACAACUGUCGCUUCACCAUAACCUGCUGUCCGGCCACUUGCCAAAAACGCUGAGCUUGCCUCGUCUGGAGAUCUUAGACCUCAGCCGGAACCAUUUUGGUGGUCAAGUGGCUAAUUGGUUGCUCGAGCUGCCGAGCAUCCGGCGCAUAGAUGUCUCCGGCAACGCGCUCGCCGGGCUACAGGUGUACAAUUUCACAGGCAGAGCAACCACAUUGGAGUCGAUCAAUACUAGUUGGAACCACAUCGGAAGCCAUCUGCCGGCGAUGCUGGUAACGAUCGGUGGGCUGAGGGAAAUCGACCUGAGCCACAACAGGCUAAGGGGGAGGAUCCCGGAACGGUAUGGAGCCAUGGUGGGAAGGUCUUGGAGAAGGUUGUUUUUGAAUGACAAUUACUUGGUUGGUGAUGUGCCCAAGUCACUUGUUCGAAAAGAAGCAUUGAGGAUGAAGGGAAGCCUGGCCAGCAACUGUUUGAGGUGCCCCUCAGGGCUGUCCCUGUGUCGAGGGGGUCAAAGGACUCGGUAUCAGUGCAGUAGAUACAACAGUAAGGAUUGA